AUGUCUUCCACAAAUCAUCGAUCAUCGAGUACACGUCCAUCACGAACUACAUCUAAUCGUCUGCAAGUAAAUGUUGUUCGAUCAACCAGUGUGCCACAACGACAAUUUAUAUUUAUUCUUACGAAUAAUCCUGAGCUAUUACGUCAUACACAAGAUUUACAACCUACACCACAUAGGCAAAUAACAACACUAACAACAACAACAGCUCCACCUCAGAAUAUAAAUGAUGCUCGUGAAGCAGUACUCAAUGAUCUUCUACGUGUUGAAUUGCGUGAAGUAACACGUGAUUAUCUUUCUCGAACACGUCGAUCCUAUCCACUUCAUUAUGUAUUUGAUAUGACUGAUAUUGAACCCCGACAGCCAUAA